AAAAACAGACGAGCAGCUCAGGGGUGGGAACAGAAAAGAGGGCGGCCCGUCGUCGAGUUUAUGCUAGUUGUUUGACAGGUCGUCAGCUACCGUUCUCCAGAAACGAAGACGUGAAGAAGAUACCUGCGACAGGACACCGGAGACAUGGUGAAGAUAAGCUUCCAGUCUGUCGCGGGACAGAAAGUGGAGAAGGAGAAUGAUGGCGACAAGACCGAAAUUCUCAUUCCUCAUCCGAUGGAUGAGGAGGAGCUUGUUCUGCCACUGCGACCCAAGACGUCUCCCCUUAAUGGCCUGUGCUGUCUGACAUUUGGGCUGGUGGUCUUCAUGGCUGGUUUGGUCUUGGCCUCUAUCUAUGUCUACCGCUACUACUUCAUACCUCACAUCCCAGAGGAGAAUCUGUUCCACUGCAGGGUGCUUUAUGAAGACUCUGUGUAUGCCCCGCUGCGUGGGCGCCAGGAACUGGAGGAAAAUGUUGGCAUCUACCUGGCCGAUAACUAUGAGAAGAUCACUGUGCCCGUGCCUCACUUUGGAGGCAGCGACCCGGCUGAUAUUAUCCAUGACUUCCACAGGGGACUAACUGCUUACCAUGACAUUGCUCUGGACAAAUGCUACGUUAUUGAGCUCAACACCACCAUUGUCAUGCCUCCACGCAACCUCUGGGAACUUCUUAUCAACGUUAAGAAGGGAACAUACCUGCCUCAGACUUACAUCAUCCAUGAAGAGAUGGUGGUGACUGGCAAAGUGCACAACAUGCGUCAGCUGGGUCCUUUCAUCUACCGCCUGUGCAACGGGAAGGACACGUACCGCCUGAACCGCCGCGUCACUCGCCGGCGCAUCAACAAGCGAGAGGCGAAGGACUGCCACCACAUCCGCCACUUUGAGAAUACAUUUGUGGUGGAGACGGUUAUCUGCGACGAAGCGUAAACGCGCCCUUGCGAUCACGCCAACCUAAAGGCACAUCUCCAGUCACUACCCCAGCCACUGUAGCACCCUCCUGUGGAUCUGAUCAUGUCUGAGUUGCACUUUACUUGUGGUUUUUGUUAUUUAUAAAAAAAAAAAUUUCAGUACCUGCUUGUGAAGUUCUCCUUUUUUUUCUCUCUCUAAUGUUCUACAGUUGGUAUUUACCCUGCAGGGUGAUGCAAUACUAAGUUGUCCUGUCACAGGAUUUUCCAUGUAGCAGUUCUUUAAGCCAGUAAUAAAGGAUCAUUUCAAGACCUCUCCUCUUCCUCUUCGGGGAUUUGUAUGAUGGUUACUGUCUCUGUGUUGUCAAGGUGACUGUGCUUUGUUUUUUUCCCGUGGCCCUGGAGGUUACAUUGUGUUUCUUAGUUGUACAAACAGUCAUCUGUGCAAAGCAAGAGGUCUUGUUUAUCUGACCGAACAUAAUCCAGAGAUUUCAGUUCAGUUUUUUUUUAUGUUCUGUGCAAUGUAAACAUACUGAACAUGUAACUGCUCUUGACUAGUUGGCUGGCUUGCAUCUUCUCUUGCCUGCCAUUUUGCUUCCUGCCUUCUGUUUCUGCAUUUCAUUUAGUUAAAAAGCACCAUCACAAAGUAGAAGUUAAACGAGGCAUUUUGGGCCUUGGCUUGCAUUAAUUUAAACAAUAAUCCAUUAUUGAGCCAUGUGAAGCUACUUUUCUCUUGCUUUCAUUUAGCAUUUGUCUAACACUGCAUACAAUUUAUUUUUUCUUUGCAUGUGUUUCUCUAAGAGAGAGAAGCAUCACUCUUAGUGUUUUCUAAAAACGUUUAAAGCCUUAGUCCAGAGUCAGAGACUGGACUAAAGUCAAUACAUGUUAAAGGGAGCAUAUUAUCUUACAUGUUUGCUGAAUGAGACCAACUUGGAUAUGUAUAUUUUGUCUGCCAAUGAAAUCUGUCUGUGAAUAAAGUUAAAAUGA